AUGAGUUUUUUAUUUGGAAGUCGUUCCAACAAAACGUUCAAGCCGAAGAAGAAUAUUCCCGAGGGUACGCACCAAUACGAUCUGAUGCGGCACGCUGCUGCCACGCUCGGCUCCGGAAAUCUGCGUCUCGCCGUCAUGCUACCAGAGGGGGAGGACCUCAAUGAGUGGGUUGCUGUAAACACGGUGGACUUUUUCAACCAGAUCAACAUGCUGUACGGUACGAUAACAGAGUUCUGCACGGAGGAAUCGUGCGCAGUAAUGUCAGCGGGGCCCAAGUACGAGUACCAUUGGGCGGACGGACAUACCGUCAAGAAACCCAUCAAGUGUUCUGCGCCUAAGUAUAUCGAUUACCUGAUGACUUGGGCACAGGACCAACUCGACGAUGAGAUGCUUUUUCCCUCGAAAAUAGGCGUGCCCUUCCCAAAGAACUUCUUGGUGAUGGCGAAAACGAUCCUGAAGAGGCUAUUCCGCGUGUACGCGCACAUCUACCACCAACACUUCCCCGAGGUGGUGCAGCUCGGGGAGGAAGCGCACCUCAACACUUCCUUUAAACACUUCAUCUUCUUCGUACAGGAAUUUAAUCUAAUCGAGCGGCGAGAGCUGGCACCUUUGCAAGAACUCAUCGAGAAGCUCACGGCCAAGGAGGCGCGAUGA